CUGUCAACCUGCACUGGCCUUCUUGCCAAAACUAGCAUGCUCGGUUGCGUUAUGAAGUUUCUAAAGUGACACUUGGGGAUAUUUUUGUCAGCACCAUGUAGCUGGUUUUAUUUAUAAAGUUGCAGUGAUGAGGCGAGGAGAUCCUCUCCCUCAAGCCUUUCAGGCUCCAGUGGAUGUACAUGCCAGUCUGGAUGGCCAAGUGUACAUGUUCAGACAGAGACAAGAAGAACCAGAACUGUCAUCUGAGGAUGAGGAACUCAAUGUCAUGGAGCUCCGGCCGAGAAGCAGAGACUCAUCCUCCCAGGAGAGAGAAAGAGUGGGAGAAAUGCUCUUGUUGGAACGGGACAUCUCACAUGAGGACAAUCUCAACAAACUGGCCCUUCAAUACGGAUGCAAGGUGGCUGACAUAAAAAGGGUGAACAACCUUUUUCAAGAGCAGGACAUAUAUGCACUGAAGUCCAUCAAAAUCCCUCUAAAGAAUCAUGGCUUGCUAACCGAGGCCAACUCUGAGCUCAGGGACCCCCAGCAAAGACCCUCCAAUGAUGUAGCAUCAUCAGACAGCGCUGAAGCAAACGUCUCAGGAAGACCUCAGGUGCAGGAAUACAGCAAUUACCUAAAAGAGGUGGACAGGGACAUUGAGCGUCUGAUCCAAAGCACAGACCCCUCAGAAGAGGUCUUUUCCAGCGGUUCCAGGGUGUCCAAACGGUGGGGGUGGAGAAGCCAGCGUUUGCGCAGCUACGGUGCAGACUGGGGGAUCCAGUGGUGGAACGCUGUAAUUGCCAUGUUGCUUAUUGGCAUCGUCCUGCCAAUAUUCUAUGUAGUAUAUUUUAAAACUCAAGAUAAUGGUGAACCAGUAGUGGAAAAUAGAGUGAACAACAUCACUGUGCCUACCUCAAACAGUACGGGGUGAGCGUCAGCUCAUUGGACCUCGGGAAUAUAAUAAAAAAUCACCUUAAAGAAAGUAAGUAUAACUUGAAAGUUUUAAAUUUGGUAUGGUAUUUUAAUAAACUUAGUAUUACAAGUUCACAUUAUUAUGGUACAUUAAUUUAAGUGGAUAGAUCAUCCAAGAUAAAAUAAAAAAGGUAACAUUUGGGUUCAAAAGACUUGUCACUCAAUUGACACACCCAAUCCCAAUUUGUUUUGCAUGAAAAGGAUCACAUUAUUCAAAAUUGUGAAAAAGAAAAGUAACAUGAUUAUGGAGAGACGUGCGGGUGGGUAAAUGAUAACACAAGUUUUUCUAUGUGAAAAAAAAACAAUAGAAAAAA